CGGACCGGGCCCGGGUAGCCGGAGCCCGGCGCCCACCCCUCGGUGAGCAGGCCCCGGCCCUGCAGUCUCGGCCUCGAGGGAACUUGGGAGGAAAGUUGGUGCCGGUGGCGGGGCGUUGGGCCUGGGUCCCGGGCGGCAACCGAGACCCUGCGUCGCCAGGCAACUGUGGCCCCAGCCGGACCUGCCGCCGCAACCGGAAGUCGGGUUCGGGGUGAACUCGGAGGCCCGGGCGCCUGCGGGCCUCUGCGCGGUCUGGGUCAUCAGUACGGUGGGCUCGCCGGCCGGGGCGUUUGGGCCCCUGGCUUCUCUCCAUGUUUGAGAUCUCCACCACCUAUUGGAUUUUACCCCCAAAGCUCCCGUGUGACACACCUGACACCGUCAAUGUAGACCCGGGCAAUGAUUCAGUAGGAGACUGCAGAUCGGGGCAGGGCUCCUGGCUGCCCAGCAUGAACGGGGACGAGGAGUUCUUUGAUGCCGUCACAGGCUUUGAUUCUGAUAACUCUUCUGGGGAAUUUUCAGAGGCCAGUCAGAAAGCCCCCGGAAGGCUGCCUGUGGACACCAGCAAAAGCAACGGCAUUGGGGAAGCUGGGGAAAGGCCCCCACAGGAGAAUGGGAUUCAGAGGCACAGGACGUCCUUGCCGGCCCCGAUGUUCACCAGGAGUGACUUCAGUGUGUGGGGUAUCCUGAAGAAGUGCAUCGGCCUGGAGCUGUCCAAGAUCACGAUGCCCAUCGCCUUCAAUGAGCCCCUGAGCUUCCUGCAGCGGAUCACGGAGUACAUGGAGCACAUCUACCUCGUCCACAGAGCCUCCCGCCAGCCCAAGGCCCUGGAGAGGAUGCAGUGUGUGGCUGCCUUUGCAGUGUCGGCGGUGGCUUCCCAGUGGGAGAGGACCGGCAAGCCAUUCAACCCACUCCUGGGAGAGACGUACGAGCUGGUCAGGGAAGACCUAGGGUUCAGGUUCAUAUCCGAGCAGGUCAGCCACCACCCCCCUGUUAGUGCGUUUUACUCUGAAGGACUCGGUCAGGACUUCCUGUUCCACGGCUCCAUCUACCCGAAGCUCAAGUUCUGGGGGAAGAGCGUGGAAGCGGAGCCCCGGGGCACCAUCACUCUGGAGCUUCUCAGACACAAUGAGGCCUACACCUGGACCAACCCUACCUGCUGUGUGCACAACGUGAUCAUCGGGAAGCUCUGGAUAGAGCAGUACGGCACGGUGGAGAUCCUAAACCACAGGACUGGAGACAAAUGUGUGCUCCACUUCAGACCCUGCGGGCUGUUUGGAAAAGAGCUUCACAAAGUGGAAGGACACAUUCAAGACAAAAACAAGAAGAAGCUCUUCAUCAUCUAUGGCAAGUGGACGGAGUGUCUGUGGGGCAUAGACCCUGCAGCGUAUGAGUCCUUCCGGAAGCAGGAGCGGAGGGGGGAGACCCCGAGGAAGUCACAGUCGGCCAUUGGCGUGGAGGACGCUGACACUGAAGUGGACGCUGUGCCUGAGGUCCAGGACACUGUGCAGGUCAUUCCAGGCAGCAGGCUCCUCUGGAGGAUUAAUACCCGGCCCCCCAACUCUGCCCAGAUGUAUAACUUCACCAGUUUCACUGUUAGUCUCAACGAACUGCAGACGGGCAUGGAGAAGAUCCUGGCCCCCACAGACUGCCGCCUGCGUCCUGACAUCCGAAGCAUGGAGAACGGCAACAUGGAUCUGGCGAGCCAGGAGAAGGAGCGGCUAGAGGAGAAGCAGAGGGAAGCCCGGAAGGAGCGUGCCAAGGAGGACACGGAGUGGCAGACAAGGUGGUUCCAGCAGGGCAGGAAUCCGCACACCGGGACCCCCGACUGGCUGUACUCAGGUGGCUACUUCGAGCGGGAUUUCUCAGGCUGCCCGGACAUCUACUGAGGUCAAGGAGUGCCCCAGGACCCGGCCUCUGCCCGCUGGACUCCGCCACGUGGCUCCUUGAGUUCCGAGUACGGCAGCACCGGCCUUUCUAAGGACCGUGUUCACGGAGAAAGCACCAUCCUGGCUGAGGACUCGAUCCUAAUUAACUUUUGAUUGCCAGCCAUUCAUUAUCGUUGCCGUCUCUCCAUAAAGCUUUCCUUGGGAUCAUCAUGUUUUCAUUAAAACUUGGAAAGGAACAUUCUUCACCUCCUAUGUGACAGGUCAGCUGAGGCAUGCUCACCCGACAGCAGCAUGGAUAAAUUUCAAACUAGCGCAAGGAAUAGGAAGGAGGGACCGUGUUCCUCCUUAGAAUGCAGCGUCACAGUAUCCAAAAGUAGUUUAAAUUGGAACCAGUAACAGAAAAGACAGAUCUUGAAACUAACCCUGCAGCGAGCUCUCUGCGGCUAGGAACUGCUGUCUGCGUCGGGAACAGAAUGAGUGUUUUAGAGCAUUGGAUUAAAUGAAAUGGUCGCUGUCAGGUUCUGUGUGUUUUUGCCAACCUUCAAUGAUGUAAAGAUAACUUUUAAAUAUUUAAGUUAAAGCUGCUUGACUAGGAUUUGCUGAAGAGCAAGACAUGCAUUAAUUGCCAACUGUAUAUGCAAACGGAAACAUUGUCAUGACAGGGUCCAGAAACACUGCAAGUUGCUGACCAAGUGCCCAGACGGCUCCCAGCCUUGAAGGGAGCCCUGCCUCUGGCCAUGUCGCUCUGGUCGCCAGGGCUGCACUGUCACUGCGGGCCAAACCCAUGUCACAAACUAGCCACUCGUUAGAACGUUUGGUCUGUCACCACAGCACUGUGUCCUUGUUUUCCCAGCAUGCGUGUUUGAAACUCAGGAGACAGGAGGGCCACACCUGGUGUGCACUGGGGGUCAGAGCAGAGGCUACUGAAGGUGAAUUGGGUUAUUUUACAGAACACGGGUGUACAUUCAUCUCUGCACAUGUCCUGAUCAGGUGACUUUCUUUCUAUAGAAAUAUCAACACACAGAUCAUGGUACCACUCUCUGAAUGGAAGACAAUCUGCUGCAUACGGCCGCACACACAAACACACACAUGUGCGCAUAUGUACACAUGCACACGCAUGGAGUGGUGAGUUCCCUCUGAGAGGGUGUCACUUUUGUGUGUCCAGGCUUCAGAAUCACAUUUGUAAUUAAAACUCUUUUGAAAGC